AAAUAUAAGGAUAAAAUGAAUGGAGUCUGGUAUAAUGAUUCUAACACGAAUCCCAGAAGACCUAUAAGAAGUAGUUAUUUUGGUUGUAUUACCCAUCUAUAUCAAAUCGCAUUAUUUGAUAAACAUGAUAAACUGACGAAUAAUUAUAUUACCGUUAAUGAAGAUGAUUUAAAUUUGAUCAAAAAACUCAAGUGGUAUCUAACAAAUGAUAUUGUAGUAAAUGAGAAUGAUGUUGCUUUAACAGAAAUCCUUACCGGUGCCACCAAUGUUAAACUGAAGGAAGGAAAAAAAUGUUUUUCACAAAAGAAUCUCGUGAUUU